GCCAGGGGGUAUCCCGGGCGGCCGUUGUAGGGCGCGCUGUCGAGCAGCGGAGGCGGCGACCCAGUGUGUCCCGUCGGUCUCGGCACGGGGAAGAGGCGGCGGCACUGCCCGCGGUGGCGGGGGUUGGCGACGGAGCGCGUUUGAGCGUGGACUGAGGUCCGAGGCGCGCUCUCCGCCCACAGAAAUGAGCCGUCAGACUGCUACAGCAUUGCCUACUGGUACUUCAAAGUGUACACCAUCCCAGAGGGUGCCUGCCCUGACAGGCACAACCGCCUCCAACAAUGACUUGGCGAGUCUUUUUGAGUGUCCAGUCUGCUUUGACUAUGUAUUACCACCCAUUCUUCAAUGUCAGAGUGGCCAUCUUGUUUGUAGCAACUGUCGUCCAAAGCUUACAUGUUGUCCAACUUGCCGGGGCCCAUUGGGAUCCAUUCGCAACUUGGCUAUGGAGAAAGUGGCCAACUCAGUACUGUUCCCUUGUAAAUAUGCCUCAUCUGGAUGUGAAAUAACUCUGCCACACACAGAAAAAGCAGACCACGAAGAGCUCUGUGAGUUUAGGCCUUAUUCCUGUCCGUGCCCUGGUGCUUCCUGUAAAUGGCAAGGCUCUUUGGAUGCUGUAAUGCCCCAUCUGAUGCAUCAACACAAGUCCAUUACAACCCUACAGGGAGAGGAUAUCGUUUUCCUUGCUACAGACAUUAACCUUCCUGGUGCUGUUGACUGGGUGAUGAUGCAGUCCUGUUUUGGCUUUCACUUCAUGUUGGUUUUGGAGAAACAGGAAAAAUACGAUGGUCACCAGCAGUUUUUCGCAAUUGUACAGCUGAUAGGAACACGCAAGCAAGCUGAAAAUUUUGCUUAUCGACUUGAGCUAAAUGGUCAUAGGCGGCGAUUGACUUGGGAAGCGACUCCUCGAUCUAUUCAUGAGGGAAUUGCAACAGCCAUUAUGAAUAGUGACUGCUUAGUCUUUGACACCAGCAUUGCACAGCUUUUUGCAGAAAAUGGCAAUUUAGGUAUCAAUGUAACUAUUUCCAUGUGUUGAAAUGGCAGUCAAACAUUUUCUGGCCAGUGUUUAAAACUGUUGCAUUCAGUUUCACGGAGAAAAAGGCACCCAUCAGCUUGCCAACCUGAAACUGGUAGGUGGAAGCUAGACACGUGAAGGUAAAUAAAAGGAAAGCUGUUAAUACAGGAAACAGUUGCAUGUAGUAACGCUAAUAUAUUUAAAAAUAAGUCAACAGUAAACCACUGAAAAAAACAAAAAAUAUAUAUAUAUAUAUACUCCCAAAAUGGGCAUCUUUUGUAUUAAGAAAGUUGAUUCUGCAGGAAGCAUUGUAAAAUAAUUCUGAAUUUGUAUUUGUUGUAGAUCGAUUGUACUGUUGAAAAUGGUUUUUUUGUUUUGUUUUGUUUUUGAUGUGUGUGCGUGCAUGUGUGUAUGUUUGGUUUUUUCCCCUCCCUCUUUAACUGACAAGCCAUGUGGAGUGGUCUUGAACCACUGCUUUCCGAGCCCUUUGUGAGUCACUACAUAGUGCUGCUGGGUUGUUUUUGUGUGUGUGUGUUAAUUUUUAUUAAUUCUAGUUUUUCAUUAAAUAAAUUUUACUUUCUUUUCUGUAAUUCAGGUUUUUCCUCACUUUUUUUUGUACCUUUUUAAAGUUAGAGUCUUUUGAUAUGCAUAAUUGUUUAUGGUGAAGUUUAUACAUAUGUAUUUGAUGUUUUUUUCCCCCCAUUCAUCAGUUCAUUAGAAAUAUUUUAAAUACCGCUAUUUUGUGAAAAUGAUAAUUCCAGAAAGGUAACAUUGGAAGAAUUAUCAAAAGCUAUUUAAAGCAGAUAUAAUAUAGUCUUAGUCUCUUUUCCAUUUGAGUCAUACCUUCAAAUUUAUUGUGUGAAAGGUUAGGGAAUAAAUUUUUAUUUUUAUUUUUAUUUUUUUUAAAGUACUGAAUAAAAAAAAAAUCAGGCCUUUUUUUUUUUUCCCUUUGACAAGUAUCUUGGAUAAAUCACAUGUUAAAAAUUUGUUGUAUUUAUUGGUUUUGCAAAAGAAGGCAGUGUCUCACACAGUAUUUGUAAUUAAAAGCAAAUCAUUUGUUUAAAAAAAUAGUUUGCAAAAAAAAAAUGUUUUUGUCUUUUAUAAUUCUCAUUAAAAGAAUAUCUGGCAAAUUAAAAA